ACACGUAAUAACCCUGUAUUGUCAGGUUGCAGGAGAGAUGGUUUGCUGUGUAAGACGGGUGUGUGUCUUCAUAAAGAUUCUGUCCAUGACGGACACGUCGACUGUCUGGACGGUGAAGACGAAUCCCCCAAAACGCAACAAGUCAGACACUCAGGUACAGUGAGGACGAAUGGGAACUCAGAUUUCAUCUCUCCUCAAGAUGAGAUCAAAUUAAGCCGAUUGCACCUGGAGUCAAAGUUAAAGUGUGGGAUUCCCAAUGAGCCCACGGUGGACGACGAGGAGGUGUCGGGGCGAGGCCACCGCGUCAAGAGAGUGGUGGGAGGAGUCCCGGCAAGACCGACUCAGAUCCAGUGGCAGGUCGCUCUGGAGGAGCGCGAAAAGAUCGACUGUGGUGGAGCGUAUAUCGGGGACUGCUGGGUAAUCACUGCUGCUCACUGCGUCAGACCCAACCCGCUUGCGUUCAACGUCAAGUUUUCUCUCUGGAAGAAAUCCAGAGCUCAGACCACCACGGACAUUGUUCCUGUUGAAGAUAUUCGCAUCCACCCCAGGUACAACGCCAGAACGUACGAGAACGACAUUGCUCUGGUGAAGCUGAAGAAGCUUCCAUACGAGGAAAAAUGUUUCGUGGACAAUCCGGCCAUCAGCGCUGUCUGCGUUCCCUGGUCCACGCAACUUUUCCAGUCCAACCACACCUGCAGCAUCUCGGGAUGGGGACGAAACAAAGAUGGUCGAUCAGCUCAGGUGCUGCUCUGGGCCAACGUGUCGCUCAUCGACGACUGUCAGAGAUUCUACAAAGAUCGAUUCAAACCAGGAAUGAUGUGUGCAGGUGACCUGGACGGCAGCGUGGACUCCUGUCAGGGCGACAGCGGCGGUCCUCUGGUUUGUGAAGAUGAACUGGGCGUUUCUUACCUGUGGGGCAUCGUCAGCUGGGGGGAGAAGUGUGGUCAGCCUGGAUUCCCUGGAGUUUAUACACAAGUCGCUCAUUACUUUGAAUGGAUCAGAAUUAACACAGGUUGGCCGACAGUCACCAGGUUUAACUCCUGAUGAAGAGAAAACACACACACGUUGCUUUUCUUUCUGAUUUUAACUUGACCGCAGCUUGUGUGAUUACAGACACUGUGAUUAAAACUUGAAUUGUU